UGCCUUCUUCAUCUCCUCCCCCUCGGCUCCCCUGCCCUGUCGCCGCAGUCCCCGCAGCACUCCACCACCACCUCGCCGCGGCGAGAGCGGUCGCAAUGCCUCCUGCGGACGGCGACGCCGCCGCCGACCUCGCGGCGGACGAGCUGCAGAGCCUCAGCUUCGGCUCCUCCUCCGACCGCUCGCGCUCGCGCUCCGCCUCCACCGUCUCCACCGCCACGGCCUCCUGCUCCACCUCCUCCUCGGGCCCCCUCCACCUCCUGCUCUCGCUCCCUCCUCGCGCCGCCAACCCCUCCACCCCCUCCGCGCAAGCAGUCCCGCGCCUCGGGGCCGUCUCCCUCUCCGACAUCCGCUUCCUGCGGCGGCUCGGCGCGGGGGACAUCGGCAGCGUCUACCUCGCCGAGGUCAGGGCGAAGGAGAAGCCCAGCGGCGGCGCGGGCGCGGGCGCGGCUGUGGUGGUGGCCGCCAAGGUGAUGGACCGGAAGGAGCUGGAGGGGCGCAACAAGGAGGGCCGCGCGCGCACGGAGCGCGAGAUCCUCGAGGCCGUGGACCAUCCCUUCCUGCCGCGGCUCUACGGCGUCGCCGAGGGGGACCGCUGGUCCUGCCUCCUCACCGAGUUCUGCCCCGGCGGCGACCUCCACGUGCUGCGCCAGCGCCAGCCGCACCGACGCUUCUCCGAGGCCGCAGUCAGGUUCUACGCCGCUGAGGUGGUGGCCGCGCUGGAGUACAUCCACAUGGUGGACAUCGUGUACCGCGACCUCAAGCCCGAGAACGUUCUCGUCCGCGCCGACGGCCACAUCAUGCUCACCGACUUCGACCUCUCCCUCAAGUGCGACCCCACCGCGCCCACGCCGGCCCACGUCAUCUCCGACCCGCUCUCCCUCGCCGGCCGCUCCACCGCCUCAACAUCAUGCACCAUCUCCUCGUGCAUCGUGCCAACCGUGUCCUGCUUCCAGCUCUUCCCCGGCCGCGGCCGCAGCCGCCGGCGCCGGCGCUGGCGCACCAAGAAGCCGUCGUCGUCCAACGGCGGAAACAGCAGCUUCCCCUCCGGGGGCUCUGGGCUGGACCUGGAGUUCGUGGCGGAGCCGGUGGAGCUGCGGUCCAUGUCGUUCGUGGGCACGCACGAGUAUCUCGCGCCGGAGAUCGUGUCCGGCGAGGGACACGGCAGCUCCGUGGACUGGUGGACGCUGGGCGUCUUCAUCUUCGAGCUGCUCUACGGGGUCACCCCGUUCAAGGGCUACGACAACGAGAUGACGCUGGCGAACAUCGUGGCGCGCGCGCUCGAGUUCCCCAAGGAGCCCUCGGUGUCGUCGGCCGCCAAGGACCUGGUCACCGCGCUGCUCGCCAAGGACCCGGCCCGGCGGCUCGGCGCCACGGUCGGGGCCGCGGCGAUCAAGCGCCACCCCUUCUUCAACGGCGUCAACUGGGCGCUGCUCCGGUGCGCCACGCCGCCGUACGUGCCGCCCCCGUUCAGCUUGGGGAACGUGAAGGCUGCUGGAGCUGCUGGCGGUGGCGGUGGCGGCAGCAACGCCAACGAUGACGACAUGUCGGACGACGACAGUUGUCCCGGCACGCCCGUGGAGUACUACUAGACAAGCCAAGCCAAAGAGAAGCGCCCAUGUCCACCUGCGUGUGAAAAGAAGCUGCCCGCCCUGAUGCCGUCGCCGGGGCCCGAUGAGCAGGCGGCUCUUGUCCGAGCGUCCGGGCCGGCGCGUGCACGUGGUGGGGGAUGGACCACGGCGCAUGGCGCGCGCACGAGGCAGCCGGGGGCGGGGGACACCGCGCUGUCGCCUCGAGUGGUUGCCGGCUGCGUGUCUCCGAGAGAGCUCGCUCGCGCGCCAGGCGACAAUGCACACCCCGUAUGAAGAAUAAGUUAAUGAUCUUCUUCCUGCAACUAGCACCAUGUCUUAAACAUGGCUUCCUCUGUGCUGUGCCAUUGCCUGUCCCAGGACAAUGUGUAACUUGAGCUAAUGUAUGCCGGGGUGUUGCUUGGAACGCAUGGAUUUCAUUGGAAAUCCUUGUGAAAUCUCGUGUUCCAAGCAGGACCUAAGGAUUGUACUAUGCCAUCUCUGGUUGUAUCAUCCUGGUUACUCCUACUUGCUACUACUAGUAAGAUACAAGGCAUUGGUCCAA